GCCUGGUGAUCUUCUGAUCUACUUUAAUUAUUUCUCAACGCCUUUUGUGUCAUUUUGGGUCUCUUUGUUUUUUUCUUUUCCGAUUUUAUUACGUUGCAUGAUCCCCCAGCGGGCUUGCUUUAUUGCUGCGACGCUGUCAGGGACUGUCAGGGACCGUCAGUAGCAGCGGUAGUGGAGCCCCAUGGAAGGCAACGCCUAUUUCGCGGGUGCCAUCCCAUCCUCGUCGCCAAGUCCCCAAAACACAAACACGGUAGCCGCUGUAGACGAUUCUGAUCACGAAGGCGACGAUGGCAACAGCAUCGCGCUGCACCGCAUCCCGGCGACCCCCAUAAGCGAGAACCCGCCGACGCUUCCCAUACCAGUGCACGUAGUUCCGCCCGCCAGCGCCGCGCAAAAGGUGCAGUUCCGACCAUUGGACUCCAGUCGCCAGCCAUCUGUCAUCCGACUCCGCCGACUCCGAGGCGAUCCGCCGUCACGACCGUCAUCCCGGCCGCCAUCCCAAUUCGAAGGCUCCCCAGGCCAGCAGACAAUACCCGAAUAUGGUCUUGUUCGGGCCCAAGUCCAAGGCGAAUCCCACAAUGACGACGGGGCACACAUCGGCCGCAGACGCGCGUCGUCGGAGCCCCAGCGGCCUGCUGCCGUCCUUGCCCCGCUCGACAUGACAAGAACUGUCGAUACCCUCCCUCCAAUUCCCGGAACGCCCACUGCCAGCGAUGCGUCGAGCAUGCGCCAAAAUGCAUUUGGCAGUCGUGCAGGGCGAAUCCGAGGUCGGCGCUUCUGGCGUCCGCGCCGCGACACGAGCGCGACGCGCACACAAGAGCAGGUCGCCAAUGAGGAUUGUUACGAUUCCAGAAUAGUCGACUUUCUCGACGUCAUCGACCCCGAAGUGGCCACCCUGUCGUCAAUUACCAACAUCCAAAACUCGCUCUUCGUCCCAUCUCUGGGCAGGUGGGUAAACCGCCGACCAACAUAUGAUCUCUCACGUCUGCCGCGGAUGCCCGGAGCAUUCCCAACAUCCCAAGAAAAUGUUGGGCUGGACCAGAGCGCUGGUGAUGCAAGACAGGAUCGUCCAGAAGACGAACGUCCCGGCGUGACCCGGGCCCACAGUUUCUCGUCCGUCCUGACCGCGCCUCAAUAUGCCGUCCUCCCCAAAAACGCUUCGCUGGAGGGGUGGCGGGAAGAAGACAUCAAGCUUCUCAACGAUUACGUUCGCCACAUGCUGCACUCGAGGCGGUCCAAGAUCAAGCAACGCUUCAAGGGCUUCAUCAAGUACUGCAGCAGGCCGUUGGGCUUCUUCAUCACCCUGUACGCCACACUUAUCACGCUUUUUGGUCUCGCCUGGGUCUUGUUUUUGAUCGGCUGGAUUUAUGUCGGCGAGCGCCAGGUAUAUGCCAUCAAUGUAAUCGACAAUGUGCUCGUCGCCCUCUUCGCCAUCAUGGGCGACGGGCUUGCCCCCUUCCGCGCCAUCGACACAUAUCACAUGAUAUUUGUCGCGCAUUACCAUCGCAAAACAUGGAAGAUGCGCCAGAAGCUGUUGCUCCCCAGCCUGAAAGAUCACAAUGACCUUCCUCUCGAUGUCCACAAGGUCUCGGACCCCUCAGAUCUCGAGGCCGGGCCGCAAUGCCCGCAGAAGGACGAAUUCAUCCCCGUUCUCUCCGACGCUGAGCAGGCGAAGCUUGUGCACCACCAGUCCAAACUUGCAAAGUCCCACACGUUUUACAAGCCACACGAGACGGAGACGCACAACGCCUUUCCCCUCCGGCUGCUCGUGGCUAUUGUCGUCUUGUUGGACCUGCACAGCUGCCUGCAGAUAACUCUUGGGUCGUACACGUGGAGCAAGGACUACGACCACCGCCUAGCCGCCGUCACCACAACUGUUCUCUGCCUCUCCAUCACGGCAAACUCGACUGCCGGACUUCUCAUCACCAUUGGCGACCGAAGAACCCGCAAAAAGGAUGUCCUCGAACGCCUCAUGAAAGAAGAGCUAACAGAGGAAGCCAUGCACAAGGUCCAGAAGCAAAAGCAGAAGGAGGCUGAGAAAGAAGAGGAUAAGCAGCACAUUAAAAGUCCCAGACCUUCCCACAGUCUGAGCCUCCCCUGGACCGAGAGAGCAAAGUCGGACAGCGGGGGUGAGUCUGCACACAAGAAAGAAAUAGGCCAAGUCGGCAAGUUCAACGUGGACACGACCGACCACGCGUACCCGACGACCGAUAGAGAAAGGGACGAAUACCGUAUCCCAGGACAGUUUGACGAAGAAUGACAGGAUAGUGUAGCAAAUUAGAUAUAUACCAUUUAGAGUACGAUAAAGAUUUAAUGUCAGAUUAGGCGAAACUUAUUUUUCGCCUGGUAG